UGCUAAACCGUUCAGUGAUUUAUAAACUAACAGUAUUUUAAAGUCUGUUUUCUGAGCUACAGGGAGCUACAGGUGUAAGGACUUUAUAACUGGUGUUAUGAGCUCCAUCUUCCUGGUUCUAGUCAGAACAGCAGCAGCAGCUUCUCAAUCAGCUGCAGCUGGAGGAUUGAUUUGUUAGUCAGACCUGUGAAGACGCUGCUAUAUGACCAGCCAUCACACUAACAACAGCGUGUAUAUUUUGCAGUAAGGUUCAGUAAAUGUGUGUGUGUGUGUGUGUGUGUGUGUGUGUGUGUGUGUGUGUGUGUGUGAGAGAGAGAGAGAGUGUUGGGUGUGUGUGUGUUACAAUGUUGUUGCUUUAACAAGAUUAGAUUGCAAGCUAACAUUACGUCAGGCUUUCAUCAGGUCAAAGGUCAAAGGCAGGAGUUUGGGAGAAGUAGAGCCUCAGUUUCAUUCUUUCAUCUCUGAGUCCAGAAGGAUGGACGGAUGUCAGAUUUUCUCUCUGAUCCUGUUCUUUCAUGAAAUGUUUUCCAGUUUUUUUGAGCUAAUUUAAAUCAGUUUGUGUUUAAAUCUGGAGAUUAAAGCAGCUUCCUGUAAUCCCAUCUAAGCUCCGCUCCUUUCUUCUUCUUCUCUGCUGACAGAAACAAACUUCCUCACUCCGUUAGAAGAGCUCCUGAGGUUUAAAUCUGUUUUCAUCAUCGGUUAACUCGGCUUUAAUCGCCCGCAAACAGCCGCACAUCCGCCGCCGGAGCGCCGCAGCUCCAGCCUGAUGAGUCGCCAUGGUGACCUCAGGACCACAUGAAGGGAAAACCACACACGCCUUCAAACGCAGCAGCGCUACCUGCUCGGCUUCACAGGUGUGUUUUAAUCUCUCUGCGGUCUCUGUGGUGUCGGGUUUCAAACGGCCGCCUCACCUGAGGCCUUCCAGGAAGGAAGCGAAGGCGGCGCUGUCCCGCCGACUGAUGCGGUCGAGCUUCAAACGCCACGCCAGACUUCUGAGGCUCUGCCGGCUCAGCGGAGAUGGAUCAGAGGUAGCGCAGCGCUAUAAAACCCCACGGCUCCUGAAGGCAGCGCAGCACUCACCUGGCUGGCUGGGAGAGAGGAGGAGAAGAUCCUGAGGAAGAGGAAUAGAGCCUGAGGAAGAGGAGUGUUUUCAGAGGAAGCUUGGGCUGAUGGAUCACAGGAUGUGGAUCUAUCGCAGCUUCCUGUGCGCGUCGCUGGUCUGCGGUUUGGCGCUGGACUCCAACACCAUCCGGUCGUCCAAAGAGGCGGUGCUGCAGAGCGCCGAGCAGCAGAGGGGAGGCUGCAGUAACAGAGCUCAGAGGAGACACUCCAACACCAACCGACAGCUGGACCGACAGCAAGUCAAAGACAGAAUCACAGACAGCUUCAACAGAACCAAAGCUCCAGAGAUGUCGAGCUGCGUCCGAUCCGGGGACUGCGCCGCCGGGCUCUGCUGCGUCCGGUACCUGACCGGGAAGCGGUGCCAGAGGAUCCCGCUGGAGGGCGAGGCCUGCCUGCUGCGGGGCGCCACCAAGCGCCGCCGCAACCUGGGCCGCUGCGACUGCGCCGCCGGGCUGGCGUGCGCCGCGGCGGGCGGCGCCGACCAGACCAGCAGCAAGCGGCAGGGUGUCUGCGUGGUCCGGUCCGGACCGGCCCAGAGGAAGACCAGACACUCCGGCCGGAAGAAGAAGAGGACGGCAGAGCGGAGCUGCUGAAGGAACUGAGCCGCGGCUGGGGUCCAAACUGAGGCCUGGGGACCGUGACCGGGCCCUCCAUUCAACCUUAUGGACACUGUCUUCUUCUCCUCUUUAGGGAAAACCCAAUAAACGUUCACAUGAGCGGCUCAAAAAAACUGGAUCAGAACUCAGAGUGGACCCAAAUACCUGAUCUGGUUCUGACUUCAUCUCCCUGCAGCAGUCUGCAGGCGAUCUGGUCCAACAUGGCAGAACCAGAGCUGAACCAGAACCUUUUGGUUCCAGACGGACCAACCCAUGAAGCCUUUCUUCUGUUUCCAGUUAGCAUAAAGCUAAGAUGUUCUGAUCCGGAUUAAACACAGUGGUUCUGUUCUGUUCUGUUCAGCAGAACGGCUUUGCUCCAGCAUCGGCCUGGUUCUGGUUUUGCUGACCUGUAAAUCUGCAGGUCGGACCCAGAAAGGAAACCGGAACCAGAACCUCGGGUCCAGGCUGAAACUGCGGAGGGAACUGUUCUAAAACAACCAACCAGAACUCAGCUGGGGGUCAAAGGUCACCAUCUGAACAUAAACUGUGAGAACGUUCGUCCCGGUUUCAGAUGAACAAAUCGAGGUUCUGGUGGUACCGGGGAUACUUUCCUGUCAUUCAGAGGUCAAAGGUCACCUGUAAAUAUAGAAAUGACUCGUAUCAUCCUGUUGAUAUUUUUCUGAUUAAAUCUCA